ACAAAAACGCCUCAAACUCGAAUUUGUUAUUUUCAACAAAAAUCUCUCCACACACUCCAACACCACACUUCCACUUUUCCACUUUUCCACUAUACUCUGCACCGCGCUCUCUUCUCUCCUUUCUCCUUCCACUCUCAUUCUCUCAAACUAUGACUCCAAUGGAGCUUGCUCACUGCACUCUAUUUUCUCUCUCCUCCUCUCCGAAGCUCUGCAUCAAUCCCCAAAAGAUCAUUCGUUCUUUAAAUAUCAACCACAUUUCCCCUCAUUCUACUUCAAUCUCAACUGGGUCUCUUCUGAAUUCAAGAACACCCCGAUUGUUAAUGGCGAAUGCAAGAGAAACUAGUGCCGAAAUUGAGACUUCUGUUACCGAAAGGCAAGCUCAAACGACGCGUUUUGAGAUUUUUCCAGGAAACCCGAUGCCAUUUGGGGCAGUUGCUCGUGAUGGGGGUGUUAAUUUUGCUAUUUAUUCGGGGAAUUCUGUUUCUGCCACUCUUUGCUUGAUCACCCUCUCUCACUUGCAGCAGAAUAUAAUAACUGAGGAAAUCUCUCUUGAUCCGUUGAUUAACAAGACUGGAGAUAUAUGGCAUGUGUUUUUGAAGGGAAACUUUGAUGAUAUGGUAUAUGGUUACAAGUUUGAUGGCCCAUACCUGCCAGAAAAAGGACACUACUACGAUUCUUCUCGCAUAAUAUUGGACCCUUAUGCAAAAGCGGUUAUCAGCAGGGGAAACUAUGGUGAGCUAGGACCAGAAGGUAAUUGUUGGCCUCAAAUGGCUGGCAUGAUUCCGUCUCCAAAUGACGAGUUUGACUGGCAAGGAGAUCUACCUCUUAAGCACCCACAGAGAGAACUAAUAAUAUAUGAAACUCAUGUCCGUGGUUUUACAAUGCACGAAUCAAGCAGGACCGAAUGCCCGGGUACAUACCUUGGCAUGAUAGAAAAACUUGACCACUUAAAGGAACUUGGGAUUAAUUGCUUAGAGUUAAUGCCAUGUCAUGAGUUCAAUGAGCUAGAGUAUUACAGCUACAACUCUGCUAUGGGUGAUUACAAGAUGAAUUUUUGGGGUUAUUCUACUAUCAAUUACUUUUCACCCAUGAUAAGAUAUGCAUCUUCUGGAAUACGCAAUUGUGGCCGCGAAGCAAUAAAUGAGUUCAAACUUCUUGUUAGAGAAGCACAUAAAAGGGAUAUUGAGGUAAUCAUGGAUGUAGUCUUUAAUCACACAGCUGAAGGAAAUGAGAAAGGUCCAAUUUUGUCUUUCAGAGGCACUGACAACUGUGUUUUCUAUAUGCUCGCACCAAAGGGUGACUUUUACAACUAUUCAGGUUGUGGAAACACUUUCAAUUGCAAUCAUCCUGUUGUACGAGAGUUCAUUGUGGACUGCUUAAAAUACUGGGUCACAGAAAUGCACGUGGAUGGCUUUCGCUUUGAUCUGGCUUCUAUAUUGACUAGGGGCAGCAGUCUAUGGGAUGCUGAGAAUGUAUACGGGAGUACAGCGGAAGGUGACAUGCUUACAACUGGCACACCAUUGGGCGUUCCCCCAGUGCUUGAUAUGAUCAGCAAUGAUCCUGUACUUUGUAGAGUAAAGCUCAUUGCGGAAGCAUGGGACUGUGGAGGGCUUUAUCAAGUUGGUGUUUUUCCUCACUGGGGCAUUUGGUCAGAAUGGAAUGGAAAGGUUCAUUUAUUAUCAUUUUUUCUAGUAGAUUUCUAUUAUCGUGACAUGGUGCGGCUAUUUAUCAAAGGAACGGAUGGAUUUGCUGGUGCUUUUGCUGAAUGCCUGUGUGGUAGCCCAAAUCUGUACAAGGACGGAGGAAGGAGACCAUGGCACAGUAUCAACUUUGUUUGCGCUCAUGAUGGUUUUACCUUGGCUGACUUGGUGACGUACAAUAAUAAAAAUAACUUGGCAAAUGGGGAAAACAAUGAGGAUGGUGAGAAUCACAAUAACAGCUGGAACUGUGGGCAGGAGGGUGAAUUCGCCAGCAUUUCUGUGAAGAAAUUGAGGAAGCGACAGAUGCGGAACUUUUUCCUUACCCUCAUGGUUUCCCAGGGUGUCCCUAUGAUCUACAUGGGUGAUGAAUACGGACACACAAAAGGAGGAAACAACAACUCAUAUUGCCAUGAUAACGAUAUCAACUAUUUUCGCUGGGAUAAGAAGGAGGCGGCUUCUUCUGAUUUUUUCAGAUUCUGCCAUCUGAUGACCAAGUUUCGCAGUGAAUGUGAGUCACUUGGUUUAAAUGAGUUUCCAACAUCUGAGAGACUGCAAUGGCAUGGCCACCUCCCAGACCGUCCAGAUUGGUCAGAGACGAGCCGUUUUGUGGCAUUUACUCUGAAAGACUUGGUAAAGGGAGAAAUGUAUGUUGCUUUCAACACUAGUCAUUUACCGGCGAAUGUAACUUUGCCUAAUCGCCCUGGUUACCAAUGGGAGCCACUAGUAGACACCAGCAAGCCAACACCAUUCGACUUUUUCUCUGACGAUGUACCACAAAGAGAGAGAGCUAUUCAGCAGUAUCGGCAUUUCCUAGAAGCGAAUUUCUACCCAAUGCUGAGUUACUCUUCCAUUAUUCUGUUGCUGAAGCCUGAUGUUGAUGCAGAUGCAUAUUUCACACCGUAAUACCAUACAGAUACGAUGUACAUUUUACAGCAUGUAUAGAAUAGGUUAAGCUUGUAGCUUUCGAUAUUUAGAGCAGUAAAUAAUGCAAUACGAGUGAUAGUAGAGGCCUAGAGAGGAUGAAUAUGAUGGAUAUCUGUUACUGUAAACAUGCUGUGGUUAUGGGCUUUAGAAACAAUCUCAUGUACACAAAUGAUGUUCAGACCUCAUCUCUUUAGUAGGCGAUUAAUAAAAGCUUGAUUACAAAC